UUUGUUUAUCCUGGAUUUAUUAUUUUUUGAAAUAUGUUAAAAAGCAGCAACAUCAAUAGCGUCAUCAAUGAGCAGCUCGCUGCCGAUCAGACAGCCAGCGACCAAAGAAACCGCUUCAAUGCCAAUAGGAAUGCAACAUCCGACAAUUCCACCUGUUGGUCUGCCAACAAUCAGGAUGCUUUGGGUGCCAGUCUUGCCGCAGUGCAACUGUCUGCUGGUGUGCUCCAAAUAGCAGAGCCACCGCUGCACCGUGUGCGCAGUCAGCUGAGGGAACUGAUUGGCAAACAAAACAAGAUCUACAUUGACUUGUCCAAGGAAAAGUACAAGCUAGACUGCUGUGAAGUAGCAAAACUAAAUGAUAUGAUGAGCGACGUGAAGCGCUACAAGGAAAAGCUGACGCGGGUCAAGCGGGAGAUGCAGGGUAUCUACCAGCGUACCAAAGAAUUAAAGAAACGCGCCGCGAACGUGGCGGCAUGCAAGCAGCGUGAUUACCAGCGCAAGCUCGAGCGGCAGCAGCACGAAGAGUCGCUCAUUGGCAGCCAGAAGACGCAGUAGAACAACGAUCGCUUGGCAGCUUAAAAUAAUAUUUGGAUUUCCCCACAUUAACAAACUAAAUAAGUACUAAAUACACAAACAACAGUAGAACAAAAGUUGGACCAUUUGGAGAAACAAUAUUAAUAAUUAAGUGUAGGUAUGUAUAUGUUAUGCAGUGUGUAUCUACUACAAUACGAUACGUUGGAAAAUAUUAAAUUGUUGACUGUAAUUUAGGUGUAUAAAUUAAGUAAAUACUUUGGAGAUUUCGGAAAAACGAAGCCACAUGCAUGCAGAGCCAGGCCGGAGCAAGAAGGCAAUCGAAUACAUUUAGCUACAAAUAUUAAAUAAUAUAAUCAUAUGUUUAACAUUAAGAUUAAGUGUGUGAGAAGCAAUAUUUAAACAUUCACAGCGCCAAAAGCAGCGUCUUAGUAUUUAUACUUAAAUUCAUAGUAAAUUGAUCAAAACUAUGUUAAGACAUGCAUCCGCCUGCUGCACUUGUAAUUCUACAAUUAAUUAAGAAUUUUUCACACUGAAUCGAAGGGUUAUAUUAAAUGAGGGGAGUGUGUUUUUGUGAGUACGCAGCAUGCACGCAGGGAGAUUUCACAUUUGUGUAACUACUAAAUUAAAGCACGUAUACAAUACAAUCAAUCAUCAAACAGCA